AAAUUGAGGUUAUGUCAGAUGUCACAUUUGCAAUACACACAUAAAAAUAUACAUAGGAAUAGAAAUAAAUAACUAUAAAUAAUGAAGUUAACAAAUGUCGUUUUGCGGCAACACAUCGGCUGGCAUUUCUCGAAAAACUGGAUCGCGCAAGGUAAAAGACGACCUAUAGAAACUGGAGCUGAGGCGCUUUUAAAGAAGAAAGGUGUCAAAGUGGUGGAUUCUAAAGAGUUUCUGAUACCAAAACGACAGCCACUAGAACAAGUAAAUGUAGUGGGAUACGGAUACAAAAAACAACCACUUGACAACACUCAUCCAGACUGGCAAGAAAGAGUACUUUUUACGUAUAAAGAUAAUAAUGUGUUGCUAGAAGGAUUAUCACAGGCUAAAAUAAUAACAAAAACUGUUGAAGUUGAAGAGGGCCUACCAGAUAAUAACACAGAAGUACCAAAGGAUGUUCAUAAACAAGUUAAAAAUAUCAUUUUAAACUCCUGGUUAUUGGAUGCUGAACAGGAAAAGUUACCAAAAAUUAAAGACCCAAACAGACCUGCAUUUAACUUCCCUAGAAUAUAUGGAGUAUCACAAAACAGAAGAAAUAAACUUCUGAUUGGAAAAUUAUUACAGUUAAUUGAAUCAAAAUCAGAUGAAUCAAUACUAAAAGACAGAUAUUUAUUCAAUGAUUUGUUCUUCUCAUUCCCAUUUGAAAAGAAUGGAGAUCUGAUUCAGUUCAAAUUGAAAGGAGACUCACUAUUAACUUCCAGGAAACCUCUUGCAGCUGUGACACAACAACAAACUGACUCACUUGAAUUACCUGACAUAUACCCAAUUAAAGAAACAAUUACAUUAAAUGAAGAAAACAUUUACAAAGUUGAAGAUCUCUAUCCCAUUAGCUCAAAAGUCUCCAAACAUCACCCUCAUACCUUGUUUAUUCAUUACAAUGAUCAAGAUGUGGCCAAUCUGUUUGAGGAGGAAGUCACAGAAAGCCAAGUAUUUGGACGGUCUUUGAUGAAGACCUUUACUGUAGCAGCUUCUUAUGCCAGACAGGAAUUUGGUAAAGAUGUGAAGAACCUACCUCAACCAGUGGUGCUGCAAUGUGUGCACACUAAUAGCCAGUGGUUCCACUUUGGAGUGUUGCAAUUGAACUCUUUAGACGUGAACAGCUCUCAAAAGAAUAUUUGGUAUCAAACAGAGAAGAUUCCUCUCUUUGAUAAAUGUAAAUAUGAGGCUGGCAAACCAGAAUUAGAAGGGUAUAAUAGGGAGGUAAUUAAGAAUUUGAUAAGAUUUUAUAAUAAUGUUUAAUGUUGCAUAAUAAUAUAAUAAAAUUGUUUUACAUACGAA